AUGCAAAGAACAUUCCUUUCCAGCCAUGAAUUGAGCUUCCAUGAGUGCAUGUUCAGUAUCAACAACCACCAAGUUUGGAGGAUAAUUCCAAGCAUGAACAAUGGGGAUGAGUUUUUAGUUGAGUGUUCACCGGUUGUUCGAUUGGGAAAUGUAGUCCAGAGGCCUUCUUCAAUCAUGCAUAAUUCAAUAGAAGAGAUGGUGAAGAGAAUUAGUCUUAAGGAAACCUCAUUGUUUAGAUUAACAAGUAUCAAAGAAAAGAGAAUGAUCAAGAUCGACAAGGCUUUAGAUUCCAAAAACUCGACGACAGCAUUUAUUCACUGUGUUUGGGAGAGUGAUCUUCCCUAUUUCGAGUUUGUUUCGGAUGAUCUUAGAGGUGAAGCUUUUGUGGCAAGUCCUGUUGAAGUUGAAACCGCGGCAAACAAGUCCUUGGAUUAUGUUUAUAUCUUCCAAUUGCCGAAAACAAGUGGAAAUUUAUCGAACAAAAGUGUAAACUUUAGUGAUGCUGCACAUGUUGUUGGGAAGAUGACAGUGUCAAGUUCUCUAAUUGUGAGCUUGGACAGAUCCAAGUUCAUGGAAACCGAGUUUGUUUUGUUUGACACGAAAGGAGAACGAUCGAAAGAAAAAGAUACACCUUCAUUCCAAUCCAAAAAUCUCACUGAGAUACUGCCACCAAGAAGUUCACUGAAGCACAAUCCUAAACACAAGUUUGGAGAAUCCAAUUCUGAUCAGUUUGAGUUCCUACCGCAAACAAUCAACGAAUUGGAGCCCCUUACGAAUGGCCUUUUAUCGAAUUUUGAGUCAGCCGCAAUACUUCUCCGAGAUUACGGAUACAAAAGCUCAAAAGUUGAACCUUAUGGUGGUUGGGGCCUCAAGUUCCUUGAGCAAGCAUCAUCAGUACAAAGUCACAAAGAAAGACACAAGGAGUUGAAUGUUCUACUUCCCGCGGGACUACACGGCGGACCGGUAAUUAAACACAGUGGUCCGUUGAGCCUCAUCGAUCGAUGGAAGUCCGGUAGACACUGUGACUGUGGUGGUUGGGAUGUUGGGUGCCCUUUGACAGUGCUGAAAAAUGACUCGGUCUGUUCAAAAGCCGAUAUGGAAGAGGACUCCAAGCCAUUUGAACUUUUCAUAGAGAAUGGAAAGAAGAGUGAUCCAACUCUCAAACUGUUGAACAUGAGCAAAGGGAUUUAUGUUGUGAACUUUGUGCCAACUCUAUCAGCUUUCCAGGCUUUUGCCAUAGCAGUUGCUUUCAUCCAUUCUCAAACACCAGAUUUGUGUCCAAAGCUGUAAACUGAACGAGUACGGUUGAACGAUAUUGCUACUUUUUUUUGCACAUCAGCGACUGAUGCAGUGUCGGCGGGCGAUAGGUUUGAAUCGCAAACCGUUUGAUGUAUGUCAAGUAACUUUGUUGGAAUAGUUUGAUGGUGAUUAGAUCAUUUUGGAUUGUUUAGAUUAGAAACUUUUGACGACUUGAAGCUUGAGUCACAGACUUUUUUGUAGCAUUACUCAAAAUUAGUUCAAUCCAACAAUCCAAUUUCAUGUACAUAAAAAGAGUUUCAUUC